UGUCUCUUUUUACAUGCAUGUGCUUAUGCUAUGGUAAUGCCACUUGUUUUGGCUGCUUUAUAUCUUGAGACUUGAGUAAAUUUUCUCUCUUUGGGAAAGUGAAAGAAGCCCAAAAGCAAGAGUGGAUUCUUUCUAUAUUCUCUAUACUGUUUUGGGACAGGAAGGCUUCCAUUCCACUCUCUAUCCUUCAUCACAAAGCAAUGUCUUUUCUUUUCUUUAAUUUUAUUUUAUUUUUGUCAAUUUUCUAAUCUUUCUUUACCUUUUUUCCCCCUCCCCCACCUUUUAUCUCCAACACUUUUUCUCUCUCUCCCUCUCUUUUAUACCCCAUUACAAGAAGAAAUAUUCUUCAAUCCUCUGCCCUUACAUGAAUGAAUCACCUUAAAAUAUCAGUUGGGGUCUCUUCCUAAAUCCCAGAAAAAUAACUCUCUCUCUCUAUGCUUAUCAUGGCCACUAAAAGAGUUUCCAACACACUUGUUUUACUAUUCUUUUCUCUACUCAUUAGUUCUUCUUCUGGAAUUCAUGUGGGGUUUUCCCACCAUGCAGGAAGUACCACUACUAGACAGUCCUCUUCAUUAGAUGAAACAAUAUCAUUCCUCAAAGAAAGUAAUGUGUCUCCAUCUCAGAUUCGGGUUUUCUUGACAGAUUACAAGCUUUUACCAACUUUUUCCAACAAUGGUGUCUCUGUUGAUCUCUACUUCAGUCACAACCAGCUUCAGAAUCUAAUCAAUGUCUCUUGGCUAAAAACCCAUGUAGUAUCUCUUCUCCCUAAUGUUAACAUUAAAAGCAUUGUAGCAAUUACAAGAAGACAAAAUGAACUUUCUACAGUUCUGUCUGAUCUCAAAUUGGUACACUCAAUCCUUAAAAGCUUUAAUCUUGACAAUAGAGUUAAGGUCUCUGCUGCAUUCCCUUUCUCAUUCUUCAAGAAUCUGAGUAAUGAACAAGAAAAAGAGCUGAGUAGAAUCAUCAGUUACAUAAAGGAAAAGAGGUCUUAUAUCAUUGUUGAAGCAACCAUGGAUGAAGAAGAGUUGUUUAUUGAAUCAUUAAUUCAAAAGGCUAACUCUGUUACUUCUUCAACUUCAAAUCUUCUUAAUGAUGUUCCAAUGGUUUUAACCAUAAAAAGCACUGUUCUUCUCAGUUCAAAAGAAGUAACUGAAUUCAGUGACAAAGUCUCCAAAUGCUUAUUACAAAACAACACUCGAAUUAGAGGUAAUGUUAUUGGGUUAUAUACAGAGUUACUAACUAAAGCAGAAGAUUUUGAAGUGAAAGAACUCAGAAGAGAAAAAGAACAGAUUUUUCAUACUUUUUCCCGGAGGCAACUCCUCACUACUCCGAUCAAACUCGACCCACAAACACCUUUACACGACACAAUCUUUCCCACUACUCCGACCAUAGUAACUGUUCCUUCUUCAAACCCAGUAACCAUAACCCCAGUAAGUCCAUUAGAUACGCCUGUACCGUUCCCUUUAACCACUCCGGUCAAUGUUCCGGUCACAUACCCAUCGAACACUCCGGCACCUAUCACAGUUCCCGGAGCACAACCCGUUACUAAUCCAGUCACAACCUAUCCGGCACCGGCGGGAGCAGUUCCAACGACGACUCCACCUUCAGCGCCAACAGGAAACUCUCCGGUGGGAUCGGGUCAGGCCUGGUGUAUAGCAAAAAGUGGGUCGUCGGAGACGGCACUUCAAUCGGCAUUGGACUACGCUUGCGGCAGUGGAGCCGAUUGUUCUCAGAUCCAGCAAAGUGGGGCUUGUUAUAACCCUAAUACGCUUCAGAACCACGCCUCGUUCGCCUUCAAUAGUUAUUAUCAGAAGAAUCCGGCGCCGACAAGCUGCGAUUUUGGAGGCACUGCAACAUUAGUUAACGCAAACCCAAGUACUGGCUCGUGUGUCUACCCAACAUCUUCUUCUUCUUCAUCAUCAUCAUCUUCAACACCAGCUUCACCGUCCCCUGUAACUCCGGCAACUCCAACUCAAACGCCACCAACCCUAACUCCCUCUUCUCCAAUGCAAGGAACUACAACCCCAUCAACUCCAACAACUCCAACGGUGACGAAUCCAGCGGCUGGAACACCAUCGCCAUCAUGGGGAGUCGCACCUGGCUCUGGUUCUACUCCGCCGACAGUGUUGAAUAGCAGCACCGGAACCACCCCAGAUUUUGGAUUGGAUAGCCCACCUGGGUUCAACACUUCUACAUCCAAAGCUGGUGGUUUGAGAAGACCCUUUAUUGGGUUCAUAUUUCUAAUACUAGGAACAUUGUUAUGGUAAUAUAGAAAACAAAUGAUAAAGCUUCUCCUUAUUCAAUCAACGGUCAGGAUCUCAUCAAAGAAAAUCAAGAGCUUUUUGUAUAGAUCAAGAUCAUAUCACUGUGUUGCAGUAACCUGUACGAGCUUUGAUGGAAGAUAUAUAGAGAUGGUCAAUGAUCAGUGGUCAUCAUCACCACCAUUGAAACAACAUCCAAAUUCCCAAAUAUGCCCAAAUAUGUUUUGAGGUGAUUCUCAUGAUUUUCUGUAUAUAAAUAUUUAUUAUGUUAGAAGUUUGUGGAGAGUAUUGUAGUUCUAAUUGAAUAUUCAAAAUUGCUUUAGAAGUUUAUUAGUUACAAGUUUUUCAUGAACAGUCAGUAGUGAAGCUAAAUUUUAACUCUUUUUGAUGAGACCAGCAAGUUUAAAUCGAUUUUGAUUUUCAGUGAAAGAUCUAAUUUUGGCUGA